AUGGAGUCAAGAAAUUUUUGCCCAGGCUCUCUUGGGAGGGCAGGGGCAGAACGGAGAAGAGGAGAGCGAGCUGGAGGAGUUCGUGCGCUUGGAGCAAGCCCAGGAGCCGCAGAAACUGGCAGCUCUCGAGAUUUGUGCGUCUUUGCGCGUCGAUUUACCGGCUUCAUGAUCGAAGGCUUUGUCGAGUCGGCCAAGUUGGUGAAGUUCACCAUGGAGCAGCUGGCGGAGCUGGAGGAGACGUGGCGAGACCAGCUGGCCGGAACCAACCUGCAUGAGCUCUUCCCAAGGGACGGGACCAUCGUGCAUCGCCAGGAGGAUCUCAAGGCGAAGAUCAACGUCUUGCGGGACUUCAAGGAGCAGAUGAUGGGUUUGAAGACGGCAGCUUUGCCUGUUCAAAAAGGCAAGCAGACCGUUGUGGAAAAGGCCCGGGCCAGAGCCGAUGCGAAGGCCGAACAGGCAAAGACGCAGCCUGCAAGCAGCGCUUCUGCAGCGGAUGGGACGGCGAAGAAGCCGCCCGCAUUCAUGUGGAACUUUGCUGUGCAGGUGGAAGGCCAGACGUUCAAAAAGGGUGAUGAAAUCAAGAGUGAGAAGUUCACAUUGAUGGGCGUGCCAGAUUUGUAUCUGAGCCUGUAUCCGCGGGGGGAUGCAAACGCUUCAGAUGGCAACAUGUCAAUGUUCCUGUAUGCGCCUGAAGGCUGGCAGAUCAGGUUCAAGGCAACCCUUGAGGGUGUGGUGAAAACAGAGAGCAAAACCUUCAAUGGAGGGUUUGGUUGGGGCUGGGCUGACUUUGCUGCCGCUAACAGUGGCUCAACUGAAGUUUCAGUGGAGCUGCUCGAGGCCAUUCCGCCGGAGGCGUACAGUUUCAACGUUCUAUAG